UCAAGUCACCAAAAGCUUCCCAUAUUUUCGACCAACAGGUUAUAUAUGCACAUCAUUUUCCCAUAGUAGAAAUUACUUGCCUCCCACCAGAAGAAGCUUCACUCCAGACUCUAAAGACUUGAGGUAGAGAGACGAGACAUCAAAGAACAACAUCAAUGGCUUCCUCUACAGUUACUUCUGCUAUCAGAGGAGCAAUUUUGGUGCUGGCCCUUGUGGUUUUUCUUGGUAAUAUUAUGAUGUGGAUUAUCAUGCCAACUGACACAUACUACAAUGACUGGUUGCUUCAUAUUCUUGCUGAUACAAACUCAACUUUCUUUGGAAUUCAAGGUCCCAUAAUGCUGGACUUCACAUUUCCCAUCUUGUUCAUUGCUGUUUUGGGAUGUUUAUAUCUCCACUUGGGAAAGAGAAGAAGUAGUUUCAUUCAAAGCAGCAAAAGGAUUGAAAACCUGAAGUUCAUUAGACGGCCGAUGAUCGUUAAAGGGCUUGGGAUUGUAAAUCUGACAGAGCUGGCUCUAUUCACCAUGUUCAUCUCGCUCUGUGUCUGGUACUUUGCAGAUUAUGUGCGGCAUUGGUACAAGCAAGUUCCAGUACGAUCAAUGACCAGAGGUGAAAAAGUGUGGCAAACAAAAUUGGAUAGAGUGGCAAUAGUAACAGGAGUAACAGGGAAUUUGUGCCUGACAUUUCUGUUCUAUCCAGUGACAAGAGGAUCAUCAAUCUUGCCAAUGUUGGGGCUAACUUCAGAAGCCAGCAUCAAAUACCAUAUUUGGCUUGGAAACUUAGCCAUGUCACUCUUCACUGCUCAUGGAUUUCUCUACAUUCUUUACUGGUCCAUCACUAAUAGAUUAUCUGAGAUGCUGAAAUGGGGUGACCACUAUGUAUCAAAUAUAGCAGGAGAGAUCUCUUUGUUGUGUGGAUUGGCCUUAUGGAUCACAACUUACCCUACCAUAAGAAGGAGGAUGUUUGAGCUCUUUUUCUACACUCACUACCUCUACAUUUUCUUCAUCAUUUUCUUCAUACUACAUAUUGGCAUUGGCUUUACCUGCAUUAUGCUUCCUGGCUUCUAUCUUUUCAUUAUCGAUCGAUAUCUGAGAUUCUUGCAGUCGAGAGAGAAAGUCCGAUUAGUCUCUGCACGUGUUCUACCGUGUGAAACUAUUGAACUCAACUUCUCCAAGAGUCGAGGUUUGAAGUAUAAUCCUACAAGUACCGUCUUCAUAAAUGUGCCCACCAUUUCCAAACUGCAGUGGCAUCCUUUCACCAUUACUUCAAGUAGUAACUUAGAACCAGAAAGGCUAAGCGUUGUGAUUAAAUGUGAGGGCAGUUGGACUCAGAAGCUGUACGACAUAAUCUCAUCACCUUCGUCUAUUGAUCGCCUUCAAGUGUCCGUAGAAGGACCGUAUGGACCAGCUUCAACUCAUUUCCUCAGGCAUGAUGUGUUGGUGAUGAUUAGUGGAGGAAGUGGGAUCACACCAUUCAUUUCUAUAAUCAGAGAGCUCCUCUUUAUUAGCUCUACACUAAAAUGCAAGACUCCUAGGAUCAUGCUCAUUAGUGUAUUCAAGAACUCUUCACACCUCUCCAUAUUGGACCUUAUCCUCCCAACUUCAGGCACUCCUUCAAAUUCAGGCAACUUAGACUUGCAAAUUGAGGCCUAUGUCACAAGGGAAAAAGGGCAAUCAAAAGACAAGUUACAAAGCCCUCGAACCAUAUGGUUCAAGCCAGAUGCAUCUGAUGCACCUAUAUCUCCCACUUUAGGCCCCAACAGUUGGCUAUGGCUUGCUGCAAUAAUCUCAUCAUCUUUCAUCAUUUACCUUGUGCUCUUGGGAGUUUUCACCCAGUAUGUGGUUUACCCUAUUGAUCAAAACACCAAUAAGCUCUAUUCCUACACCAAGAAAGGUUCAAUGAACAUGUUAUUCAUAUGCUUCUCCAUAAUGAUAGCUGCUAGUGCUGCUUUUCUCUGGAACAAGAAACAGAAUGCCAAGGAAGCCAAGCAAAUCCAGGACAUGGAGGAAUCCGUGACGAGUAGGUCAUCAAACUCAUCAUUUCAUCAUGAUGAUGUAGAAAUGGAGAGCCUCCCCCUACAAUCAACCAUCAAAUCUAUCAAUGUACAUUAUGGUCAAAGGCCCAACCUCAAAAGAAUCUUGUCGGAGAUCAAAGAUUCGAGUGUUGGAGCACUUGUUAGUGGGCCCAAGAGGAUGAGGCAGGAUGUUGCAGCCAUAUGUUCAUCUGGACUGGCUGAUAAUCUCCAUUUUGAAUCCAUCAGCUUCACUUGGUGAACGUCUGUUUGCAUACGAGUGCAUGAAUAAAACAAUGCAUAGACUAUAGUUUAUAAUACCAUAUAUUGAAUUUGAGUUUUGAAGCCAUUAUGUACCUUACCGUUGGGAAUAUAGCCAUAUAAAUAAGCAGUUGCUGCAUUUCUGUAAUAUAUAGUUUGAGAUGAUGCUUUAAGAAAUGUAUGUUUGGCUCAUGUUUUAUAAAGUAAAAGAAUUAAGGUGUUCAGUUUC